AUGGCGAUGACACUACCUAAUGCCGACUUGUCCGAAUUCAUGCAAAAGCAAGUCUUCAACACGACGCCGUACCACUUCAACACGUAUGCUAUGAAUGAGGACCGAUUGGCUCUGAUUGUCGUCGGCGUAAUCUUCACCGUAAUCGGCACCCUCGCCAUCGUCGCCCGCAUCUCGAAUCUCGCUCUCCGUCGACGAAAAGCCUGGUAUGACGACUAUUCAAUGCUCGUUGCGUACGUCUUUUCGAUUGCAUUCAUGAUUGCGUCGUAUGUCUCUGUGAGGUGGGGCGUUGGGCUGGAAUUGAAAGAUGCGCCGCCUUAUUGGGCGACAAGGGCGAUUCAAGCCGUCUACGCGAUUGAGGUCUUUUACUAUUUCAGCCUGUUCUUUGUGAAGCUGUCGAUUGUGUUUUUGUACCUGCGGUUAGCAAAAGAGUUGAGAAACUACUUCUAUUACUGGAGCCUGGUCCUGAUUGGAGUUCUGACUCUCCACUUCAUCACGACUGUAAUCGUCUUCUCGACGCAAUGUAUUCCUAUGGAGAAGUACUGGGCACCAUCGACGCCCGGGAAGUGUAUUAGUAUUACGGCCUUCUUCUACUCAACGAACGUAUUCACGAUAGUGACCGACAUCAUCAUGCUCGCCCUCCCUGUCCCCACCGUCUGGAAAGUCCCCUACUCCCUUCCACACAAAAUCGGCAUCAUCGCAGCGUUUCUCUGCGGUGGUUUCUCAACGAUCGCGAGUUGCGUCCGUCUCUACAGCAUCAGAGUCUACACCGAAAGCCCUCAACCCCUGCGCGACGCAGCUCCGAUAAACACCUGGUCCUUCAUCGAAAUCAACAUCGCGAUCUGCUGCGCCAGCGUCGCCGUAAUCCGCCAAUUCGUCGCCUCCGCCUCCCGCCAAAACAGCCUCUCCUCGACAAACCAACCCUCCACCACGAGCACCCGUGCCCUCUGGUUCAACAGCUCCACGCCCUCGCCAGUCACCUCCAACAAACCCGACCCUGACCAAAUCGCCCGCUGGCCUUCCCCCGCCAAAAGCCGCGAAACAGACCUCGAAGCCAUGCCGCUCGAUAUCGACGGCACGCCGAUCCGGCAGAGUAUGCCGUUGCCGCCUUCGCCGGCGCAUACGAAUAAGCAGGAGUUGCAUAGUAGUGGGGGAGGGACGGCGUUGCCGCAGAAGGGGCCUAUGUUGAAGGCUUUUGUUACGUGGGAGGGGGAUGGGGAUGGGUUGAGGGGGAUAGAGAGGGCGGUUGUUAGGUGA